AUGGCUCCCAGGCAAUGGAAAGUGGUGGGAGGUGGCAGUGCCGGCGGCAUCGUGGUGCGCAGCGGCCAGAAGCUGACAUCGGAGCAGCUGGGCGACCGUCUGGCGACGGGAGCUCUUGUCAAGGAGCUGAAGCUUGAGGGCGACCGGCUGAACUUCGAGCUUGUCUCUGGCAAAGGUCCGGAUGCAGGCUGGGUCAGCCUGAAGCUCAAGGACAAGGACUUGCUGGUGGAGGUGGACGCUGAAGGCAACACAGUUGCCAAGGAUGCCUUGAAGAAGAAAUCGUGGGACACGAAGUUUUUGUUCAAGGGCUGUGGUGCGAACAUCCGUGCGCUCGAAGGCGGCACCGAAGGGGCCAGCCGGGACCAGCUUUUUGAGUUUCUGAUGCGACAACACGUCAGCCCCGAGCUUCGAAAAGACUUUUGGCCUGAGAUCCCUGACCACCUUUACGACACUGCAAAGACCAGUGAGAUGGAUUGCAUCACUUUUUUCCAAACGGUGGGCCACCUCGCCUGUGAGCCAUCAGGGAAGCGAUUGCCUUCUCCCGGGGGCGUGCGGCAGCGGCUGGAGAGGUUUGGCGACCUCCGAUGUAUUGUGGUGGAGCCAGAUGCUAUGCAAGAGCCUCCCAAACUGGUGGCCGUGCUGGCUCAUGGUAUUGAGGUUCUGGGUGAUGACCUGUACGGAUUGGCUCACCGACUAUGUACCGAUGGUCUGAGAGUUGUUCUGCCAGAAGCGCCCAGUGAAAGUGCACAGCCGCGAGAGGAGGACAUAGUAGAGAAUGUUGGCCAGCCAAUCGAUGAAUCUCAGAGAGAAGACCUUGAUGAAUGGCGCAAGCCACUGCGCGAGUGGUGGAGCCGGAGCGUCAAGGAGAAGGACAUUGAGAAGUGCCUGUCUCAGGCGGCAGAGGGUCUCACUGCCUGUGCCGCAGCGGCGAAAGGUGAUGCCAAGCUCGUGCUGGGCGGCUUCUCGCAAGGCUCCCUCGUGGCCCUGGCAGCUGCCAAAAAGGCAAAGCCAUCGGGCCUCAUCCUGCUCUGCCCACCAGGCGCUGUGGCGGCCCCAGUGGCCAAAACCCUGGAUGCUCCGCCGCCGGCGCUUGUGGCCUCCGGAAGCGAGGAUAUCAUCGCGCCCAGGGAUGGCGUCCACCAAGUGCACGAGGCGCUGACGAGUGCGGGCAGCCGCGCAGAGCUCGUGAACUUCGAGGGUGGCCAUGAGGUGACCAUGAAGGUCGUGGACGCGGUGAGAGCCUUCCUUCUCAAAUCGAUUCGAAGCUGA